AUGAUUUCAAGAAGUGUGAUAUUUUCUCUCUUCCUCUCGUCUGUGUUACCUUGGGUGGCGGCAUUGCAAACGACAUGCUAUGUAUUAGAUGGGAAAGCGAAUGCAAACGCCGGUUUCAGAUGCGAUAAUACGACUACAGGCCCCAGUGCCUGCUGUGGGCCAGGAGCAACAUGUUAUUCGAACGGACUGUGCAUGCAAGACAAUGGGCAGGUUGUGGAUUAUUUGAGAGUGGGAUGUACAGACAAAACAUGGCAAUCACCAGCAUGUCUUGAUCAAUGUAACAUAUGUGAGGGGUAUUCCAACACUUCGUCAUGGUACGAGCUGAUGUGUAUCAGAUGCGAACAAUUCAGCUGCUGGAGUAAGGUUUUGCGAUGGGACUGUCACAAAUACAACUUCAUAGCCAGUAUUGUCACUGCUAUUCGGAACCUUCAAGCUGACUCGUACAGCUGCUGUGACGAUGGCUCUACAGGAGUGGGUAGUUUUGCAUGUUGCAAUACAGCUUCCGACAUCUUCCAAAUAUCACCAGCAGCAACUGUACUCGCCCAGAUGCCGUUAAGCCAACUUACCACGACCUCGACCACAGCCACAUCUUCACCGACGCGUUCUGCGGCAGCGACAACAUCAGCUUCCUCGAGUGGCGGAUCCUCACAUGCAGCAGCGAUUGGAGCAGGGGUGGGAGUACCAUUAGGACUGAUCGCUCUAGGAGGACUCGGCUACUUCUUCUGGCGACGACGAAAUAAUCAAAAGAAAUCACAAACAUACGAACUACAGAAUGGGCAAGAAGGUCCUUAUAGUGGAGGCUACGGAGGGGCAGUUGGCGCAGGAGCUGAUUACCAGCAAGCUGCAGAAGCGGAUUCUGGAUAUCCGCCAGGAUCCAAGAAGUCAUAUUUUGGUGGCCAGCAGUACGAGCCGGCACAACAGACAUCACCAGCGGAAUUACCGAACAGCCAGGCACAUGUGGUGCAUGAAUUGGAUUCUUGA